AUGAAAACUGUUAACGUUGUUCUGGGUUUGAGAAAUGGUACGAAAACCCUUGGUGAGGGGGGUGUCAUCUCCACCCAGGAAAAAGAGCAUACCCGAAAUGGAGAGCAGGAUGAAGGAGAAAGGGUGCAGCCUCAACAACCUCAAGCAGGUGGUAAUGGUGUGCCAAAACAACCUUGGGUAAGUUUGUUUAAGCCUAAACCCCUUACUUCUAAAGGUGUUUCUCUUUCAUUCAUUGCUCCUACUGUGUGUGAUGGCUCCCCUGUUGCGAUGCUUGAACAAACUGAUUUAGAUGAAAUGUCAGUAAUAUGGGAAUCUGCAGUCAUUAUGUAUGUAGUGGGGGAUAGACCAUCGAUUGGGGCUGUUAUUAGGUUUGUUGAGAAGGAUUGGAAUAUUUUUUCAAAACCCCAGGUGCUGCUUCAUGAGGAGGGCUAUUUUGUUAUCAAAUUUGCCUCUAAGAAAGAAAGAGACUCAAUCUUGAUGGCUGGACCUCAUUCUUUCUUUGGUAAACCAGUAAUUGUUAAGCCCUGGUCACCGGAGUUUAAUUUUCAGGCUGAAGUGCUAAGAGUUGUGCCAAUUUGGGUCAGAUUCCCUAAUCUUCCUUUAAACUGUUGGGGAGCUGGAUCUUUGAGUAGAAUAGGGAGUUUGCUUGGUGUGCCUCUCUUUGCUGAUGAGUGUACCACUUGUCAACAGAGAAUUUCUUUUGCUCGAAUUCUUAUUGAGAUAGAUGUCACAAAGAGCUUGCCUAGAAAUGUCAUGCUAAAGGAUCCCACUGGUAAGAUCUUCAAGCAGCAGAAGAAGGUACAAAAAGUUUGGGUUUCAAAGCAGAUUGUUGUUGUUGAAGAACCUAAACAGGUUAGUGAGUCUGUGAAUGUUAUGGUGGAAGAUGAGACUAGCAAUGAGAUGGGUACUUCUAUGGACCCAGUCAUUACUCCAAAAGCUCCUAUUCAAGAUGAUGGAUGGAGGGUAGUUUCAAGAAGAAGAAGGGUGACUAGCAGUCCUGUGUAUAACACUGGUUUGGCUCAGGUUGGGUAUGCUGGUGAAGAUGGUGGUGAAGUAGGGGCUCCUUCACAUAUUCCACCAUGA